CGGAGCGCUUUAAAUGGGAAUCCUUCUCCGGCGCUGCGGGAGUCUCGUUUAAUAAAUCUCACAGUGACAUGGUCGCCGCAGCCGGACACCUAUAGCCUUCCGCGUCCGCUCCUGUCACCCCCCCUCCCCACCUCCGUGACCAGCGAGGAACCAGCACACCAAAGAUGUCAGCUCCGUCAAACCCAGCCCCUGCAGCCCCGCAGGAUCAGCGCUUUUUGGUGUUGUUUGACUUUGAUGAGACCAUCAUCUGUGAGAGCAGCGAUGAUGCUGUGGUGCGAGCUCUCCCGGGCCAGCAGCUCCCCGACUGGCUGAUCAACAGCUACCGGGAGGGUCACUACAACGAGCACAUGCAGAAGGUGCUGGCCUACAUGGCGGAGCAGGGCGUGAAUAAAAAAUCCAUCGACUCAGCGUUGAAGAACAUCGCACCUUCUCCCGGCCUCCUGAACCUGUUCCAGUAUCUGCAGAAGCACCAGCAGGACUUCGAGCUGGCGGUGGUCUCCGACGCCAACAUGUAUUUUAUCGAAACUUGGCUGGAAAAUGCCGGGGUGCGUCAUCUUUUCAGGAAGAUUUUCACCAACCCGGCCAGUUUCGAUGCAAAGGGCCGGCUUGUGCUUCUCCCUUUCCACUCGCACUCGUGUUCCCAUUGCCCCGACAACAUGUGCAAGCAGGUCAUUCUUCGAGAGUAUUUGGCAGCCAGGCGAAAGGAGCGCGGUGGGGCUCCCUUUCAGAGGGUGUUUUACAUCGGGGACGGGGCCAAUGACGUGUGUCCGUCUCAGGCCCUGGAGCCGCAGGACACGGCCUUCCCCAGGAGGGCCUUCCCCAUGCACACGCUGCUGCUGGAGAUGCAGCAGUCCCAGCCUGCUCAGUUCAAGGCAAACCUGGUCCCCUGGGUCGACGGAGAGGACAUAGUGGACUGCCUGAAAAAAAUAAUGGAGGAGAGAUGAGAGCUGGGCCGGAGUGUGCAUAAGAAAAAAAAAAAAAAAAAAGGAAGAAAAGGGAACCCCAGUCUAGAUGAAUAGCAUGAUUUUAACCCAGCUUUCACCAUUUAUAGAGAUACAACCAAACUGGACUAAAGCUAGCAUGGUGUAAAAGCUUGAUUUUAUCCUUUUUAAUUGGUAUUAAUAAUAUAUGCAGUAUUUGAACACUCAGAAAUGCAAAUGAAUUAACAUGGAAAUUAAUAUAUCGUGAUCACCUUCUAACCCACACUCUGAUUCUCAAAAAAACAAAGGGGAUUUCUACAAGAAUAUUCAGUAUGUUUUGGGGCAAACAAAUCAUCCUCCUGAGCGUGAAUGGAGUUUACUCACGGAUAUCUCACUGUGUUAUUCUAAAGCAACUUUAAUUAGAAAAAUUGUACUGUGUUAACCCUGUUGGAUCAGUGUGAGGUUUUCACUAAGCUACAGCUUGAAACUUCCAUUCAACACUUCAUGGAAACCCUCCAUAACAAGCGCAUAAGAAGGAUCUGGUGUUACACACCCAACAAACAAACAAAAGACUACUCGUGUUGGGGCAGAUGGGAACAACAGACAGCACGGAACAGAGAUAAAGUUGCACGGCGUCUCGUAUCUAAUCUGGGGGCUGAUUACGCGAAAGAAAGCUACACCAAGUAUGAAAAGCAACAGGAAAGUUAAAGCCAUACAUCUGCCUUUUGGCCAAACACCAUGCCCACCGAAGCAAUGAAACAAAGCAUUGCACAGGUUUAGUUAUCUAACACUCGCUGCACUUUAUACACUGUUCAAACCCUUAAGUGAAUAUUGUCAUGGAGAAAACACACGUGUUUAUGUCGGAGGGGAUUUACCCGCUUUGUGCUAAAUGCAUCCUUGCUAAGAAAUUGUACUAACAAGGGUUUUCGCUUCUCUGGAAUAUUUGUGACAUUAACUCCAUCCUGUCUCACUAACGAUGAAGGUGUCGACUAUGUUUAAAGAUGUUUAACUGAUUUUCUUUUUCUUUUUCCUUUUCUUUUUUUUUUUUUUUUUUUUUUUUUUUUUUACAUCUUUUGUAUUUUAAAUUUCAUUUAUUACUAUUUUUAACUGAUCAAACCAUUUUAGUUACCAAAGACAGCAUUUGGAUUCUGACGAGGAGCAGUAAAGUAAUAAAGUAUGGUGCUUUUUAACUGAUGAAAUAGCGUUAACAAGAACAUGUAAGCUCUGUUAUUUGCUUUUUAACCAGUGCUGUAGAGUCUCAGGGAGCAGAGAGGGUUGAAGGUGAGUAAGGAGGACAUAAAAUACAUAUAUAGUCGUUUGCACUGUCUAUUUUAUUUAUACCUGAAAAAGCAGACAUUCAGGCGACGUGAUCAAAUCAGCUCCAGUAAAACCCAGAAAUUCGUUGACGUCAAACUCAUCAAUGCUCUGUGAUUAGGAGACUAAAGCUCAUUGCUCUGUGAGAUAAUAUAUCAGUUCAAAAUGUCACCGCUUAGUUUUCUUCAGCUGUCUGUGUAGCUGUAGGUUUGUGCAAUAACAUAAUGAAUGAUGUAUACUUGAUGUAAAAAAAAAAAAAAAAAUAGGCUGAACAGGAAUCAAAACUUGAUAUCUGAGGUUUUCAGGGAUCCAGAUCAACUCCAGAUCUGUCAUAACUUUAAAAUCAUGUUACCGCAUUAUUAGGACUCUGCUCGGCUGAUGUCCCGCUGCUUCUUGUGGUUUGCAUUUCAUCAGAGGUUUAUGUGAUUAAUCAAGUCGUAUUAAGUGUGUAAAUGCAUCAUUGUCACAGAAAUAUAAAGCAAUGAUAUGACUAUGUAUUUUACUUGUCAGCUUCAUAAGUGUGACACUAAAAUAAUACUAAAAAAAAAAAAAAAAAGCGCACCCUUUAAAGAUCAGCCAGGCUCAUCAGGAUUUAUCAGGUAGUGGUCAAAGUCUGUUGACACGAUGAGUUAGGAAUGUAAUCUUUUUAUUUUUCAAUACCUAAAGACUUUUUAAAAGUAUAUAUUUUGAUGUAACACAAUAUUUUAACUGAAAUAUGUAUAUUAAAAAAUAUAUGUCUAUUGUUUAAUUGACUAAAUAAUUGACUUGUUGAUCCAAACUAACAACACGAAUAUUCUAAGUGAGGCUAUUUCAUUUCCACAAAAGUACCUUAAGUUCACACUGUUUCUGAAGCAGGUUUUUUUCUCCCAAGUUGAUCAUAAAAUGGUUGGAAUAAAUGUUUAACAAUCCAGGCUAGUUUUAACCAAGAGCUUUAAAAGGAAACAGUCCAGUAUGUAAUAGUGGCUAUCCUAGUGUGUGUUUGUUACGGUAAUGUUACUGGUUUUAAGUUUUGUUUGAAGAGAGACUGUUGAUUAAAUUAAAUGAGAAAGACAGAUCUAGCGGGAGGACAGUGACUCUGGUGAUGUAAUCUUUCUUUUCAGACUAGAUGAUGAGAUUUUUCUGGCAGCACAGGACAGUCGAGGCCUUAAGAUAGACGAGUCACCCAAACCAGUCUGCCAACUUGCAGAUCUUGAAUGGGCUUAAGGUCAAAGUGAAGACAGACGUGCAGGAUCAAGGGGAGAGCGGGGAAAGUGCCGACAGGAGAGUGGAGGGUGUGUGGGGAGGGUAAAUGAUGUGUGGCAAAACUGGUUCAGCUGGAAAGAUGAAGGGAAAAAAACCUGAAAAUUACAGAGGGGAGUGUGAGGCAAAACAGAAAAGAGAUGUUAGAAAAAAAGAAGACCUAAUUGCUAAACAUAUGCUGGGGCUCAGUGUUAUGGUUAUUUAAUAAAAUAUCGUCUGAGGAUUUUCUGACUUGGAGAAAUUAAAUUAGAUCCAUACUUGAAGGUGUAUCCUCCAUGAUUUUGCAUCCCUGCAACACUGUCUUUCUCUAUUGUAAAGAAAGUUUUGACAAAUAUAAUUGUCCUUAUAUAUCCCUUUCCAAAAAGAAAAACAAAGCCUUCUGUGUAAAAUCAAAUAAAACAGAAUGCAAUCACUUGCAAACCAGUCAA